CUCUCAACAGGCCGUGUCGUUCCGCUCUACCUCGAUUCUAGAACUUUCCGUGUCUAGCACGGCAAAACGAUACAUCUUAGGUCAUAGAAAGGCGUCCUUGAAGGCAGCUCGGAAGCAACAACGACCAUUUUGUUGUUAGCUUCAGCCUUUCAAAUGAGGGAGCUACGAGCGAUCCCAGGGUCCUCGAAGAGAGUCCUUCUCAUACAUGACCCCAAAGGACAAAUCAGCUGCAAAAGCAGGAAUAGCGCCCAGAGAAGAGCCGAAACUCCCGGGCAUUUCCACAGUUCGUCAGCAUCAGCAGAUCCCGCAAAUUCCAACCCACCAGCAAACCGGGCACCAUUCCUGGCCGAAGAGAUCCUUCUCCUCAUUCUCUCGCAUGUGAACGACCCAGGGACACUCGCCAAAUCCGCCCAGGUAUCCCGAAAAUGGAAGCGAUUACUCAACGACGACGUUCUGUGGAGAUCGUUCUGCAAGGACCGCAACUUUGAGCAGAUUUCCCGAUCAGCGAGAUCAAAGAUUUCGCGGAUUCAACGACCAUUGCCUCUUCCAGGGAUAUGGAAAAAGAUCUACAAACACAAUUACUUGACCGGAGAGAACUGGAAGAGGGGAGCUUGCAAAGUCAGCUCCAUCACCAGCGCGGAUGGCGAUGGCCGGGACCUGCCAAUGCAUUUCGAUGAUAACUGGGUGGUGUCUGUGGCUCUCGGAGACGUAGGCAAAGUGUGGGACAUCGAAACGGGAGAGUGCCACCUCCGGUUGAACGGUCAUGAAGGCACCAUAUCCGCAGUGAAGUUCGCUCACCGCUGGGUAGUCACCGGGGGCAUAGACUCGACCCUCAAAGUCUGGGACACGCAGAGUGGGGAAUGUGUCCGUACUCUGAUAGGGCAUGAAGGAGAAAUUGUGGCCGUGGAAUGUGGCGACGAUGUCAUCGUAUCCGGGUCGGAGGACAUGACCGUUCGGGUCUGGAGCAUGGAGACGGGUGAAUGUAUCGAGAUUCUCACCGGACAUACGAACGCUGUAUGCUGCCUUCAAUUUGAUCAUGAGAACAUCAUCUCAGGAUCCGCCGACCACACGAUCAAGAUCUGGACCCGCAACGCUUCCUCUCAAUCGACACCUCCCGCUCCUACAACCCUCAUGGGCCAUGACGGCCAUGUCUACUGUCUCCAACUCAAUUCCUCUCAUAUCUGCUCGGGAUCACAAGACGCCACCAUCAAGCUGUGGCGCCGCAGCGAUGGCGAGUGCUUGAAAACAUUGAAGGGCCAUCGUGCCGGAGUUGUUUGCUUGCAAUUUGACGAGAAGAAGCUAGUCAGUGGGUCUUCCGACAAGAGUAUCAAGGUCUGGGAUUUGAACUCUGGAACAUGCUUGUAUACGCUCAGUCGGCAUUCGGAGACGGUUUGGAAUCUCAGAUUCACACCCACGAAGCUCAUCACGAGCUCCUUUGAUCAGUCGCUGCUCGUAUGGGACUUCGCAUUUUUCGAUGACGAGGCUGAAGCUGGAGGUCGUUAUGACAAUAUCGACUCCGAUGGUGUUGAAGAUGAUGGAAAUAAUAUGAUAUGAAACCAUGUAUUGAUAGACUCCAGAUGAAACAAAGACGAAUUCUAGGCUAGAAGCUUCCGCC